AUGGCCGCUCCUGCGCCCUCCGCCCCUGGUCCUCACGAGGACCAAGGGGUUAUGAGCCCAACUGGUGCUCGGCGUGCCAUUGAUUCGAGAUUGGAAGGUGAGACUGCUGGUCCGCGCUACGAUCGUCAUCCUGCUGGAAAUGCGAUGCCCAAUGGGGUACUUUCGGCUGAUGUUGUAAGGCGUGAGGAUAUGGUGCAGGCCUCACCUGGUGCAGCGAGUUUGGAAAGCGCUCCAUGGCCACCAGCUAUGACUUCAAGGACAGAAGAUGUGGGACCGCCUGGUACAUUUUCCUGUGAUUCCGGGCUUCGCCAAGAAACGUCUUCCGUGUCUGCUGGGAAUGUGGGGCCAACGAUUCCGCACUUGGUCGCGCGGGCGAGUACGGAUAAUCACCCGGGAGGCUCCCAGGGUGGGACUGCCUUGCCAGUCCCGUCCUGGAUGAGUCGUCUCGGGGAUUAUCUUCGCCAAGCUUCCGGACAGGUUGAGACGCUGACAACGACGCUCACGAGGAGUGUGGGAACAGACGAUGCUUCAUCGGCGUCCAUUCCGGUGGAGUUGGUGCAGGAGGAGGUGAGAAGACAAGUGGAAGCGGCCUUGGCAGGACAGAAGGGAAGGAUCGUGGUGUACCUCAUGGAGAUCGGGCCUACUCAGCAUCGCAAGUGCUUCAUGAGGAUCGUGGUGUACCUCAUGGAGAUCGGGCCUACUCAGCAUCGCAAGUGCUUCAUGAGGAUCGUGGUGUACCUCAUGGAGAUCGGGCCUCUUUCGCAACUCAAGUGCUUCAUGAGGAUCGUGGUGUACCUCAUGGAGAUCGGGCCUCUUUCGCAACUCAAGUGCUUCAUGAGGAUCGUGGCGUACCUCAUGGAGAUCGGGCCUCUUUCGCAACUCAAGUGCUUCAUGAGGAUCGUGGCGUACCUCAUGGAGAUCGGGCCUCUUUCGCAACUCAAGUGCUUCAUGAAGAUCGUGGCGUACCUCAUGGAGAUCGGGCCUCUUUCGCAACACAUGCACUUCGUGAGGAUCGUGGUGUACCUCAUGGAGAUCGGGCCUCCUCAGCAUCUCAUGCACUUCGUGAGGAUCGUGGUGUACCUCAUGGAGAUCGGGCCUACCCAGCAUCUCAUGCACUUCGUGAGGAUCGUGGUGUACCUCAUGGAGAUCGGGCCUCUUUCGCUCAUGCACCUCGUGAGGAUCGUGGUGUACCUCAUGGAGAUCGGGCCUACCCAGCAUCUCAUGCACUUCCUGAGGAUCGUGGUGUACCUCAUGGUCGUCAACCAGUUCCGUCGAUGUCUCGGGCCCAUGAUGGUCCUCGUGCACAGAGGGGCGAAGCUGGUGCCAGGUCAAGAAGUGCAGGAGGACAUGGCGAGCUUGGGAACAGGCCAAGGAAUGUGUAUGCUCGUGGUUAUGGUGCCAAGCGAUCUGCCUCAGCGAGUCCGUCGCCAAGUGGUGGUAGAGGAGUUGUGGGUGAGAGGCGAUGUGGCGCCUGCAGCUCCGUCAAGCCCUUCUCCGAUGGACAUUGUGCUUACAGGUAUCGGGCAGCUGCAACAGAUGUUGCUGAAGAAGGGAGACGGGUUGGAUGUGGAUAAGGCGUCGCCGAAUUUUCCGAUGUUGCCUGACUACACUCCGGAAUCUGGUGCCAUAGACUUCCAGGACUGGCUGUAUCUUGUGGAGCAACAAGUGUCUGCUAUGGCGGCAAGCGCUGGCGAGUGGUGGAAACAAGUCAUGGGUUCGGCCUUGGAAGCAUACCAGGAGUAUCAGGCGCUUUCGCCGAUCAAGCGGCUUGGGGUGAAAGCAAGGCUAUCAGAGGAGCUUCAGGACGGCAAGUACCAGAAGCUUGCGAAAAAGGUGGCAGCCUUACUUCUAGCAGCGCUUCCGACAGGUGUCCGAGAUGAGCUAGUGGCCUAUCGUGUGCAGGGGACUCAUCAGAUACUGUUCAGGCUGAUGGCUGUGUACCAGCCUGGGGGCGCUCAGGACCGGGCACAACUUCUGAAACAGUUGGAGGUGAGUGAAUCUCCAGGAACAGCGACGGAUGCAGUGGUUGCAUUACGGAGAUGGUAUCGCCUGUACCAGCGAGCUUUGGAUCUUGGUGUUUCCUUGCCAGAUGAGUCCGUCCAGGUGAAGUCUUUGGGGGUCUUAACGAAGAAGGUGGCGGAGACAAAUCAAGACUUUCGCUUUAAGGUGUCCUUGGCGAAGGCGGAGCUUCAGAUUGACACCAGACCCACCUCGGAGAAUGUGUUGAAGUACUUCCAACAUCUCCUUGCAGAAUGUGAGCAGCUUGGGGCUACUGGGAGAAAGGCUACACCGUCACAGGCAUCGGAGGCUCCCGGACCCAAACUGAAGGGCAUGCAGCAACAGCCCUCAGAUGCCGGAAAUACCACUCAGAGGCCAAAGGCCAAGGCCUCUCCACCGCCUACGAAUCCGACAAAGCCGUGUUCAUGGUUCACUACUGAUGAUGGUUGCAGAAAUGGAAAGAACUGCAGUCCGUCGGUGCCGGCUGGAGAUGCUACUCGUGAGCAGCCUUCAAGCCUUACUCCUUCAACCUCAAACAAGAUCGACACGGAGCAGGUGGCGGCGAUGUUGUCCGAAACAAACAAGAUGCUGAAGGCCUUGACUUCCACUCAGGCUCAGGGCUCUGGCACAGGUUCGGCUUCUUCGGCGCCCUCGGAUCCUUUGGGGGUUAUACAGAGACAGUUGGAGGAUUUGCGGCGACUGCGAAUGCUGGUGGUGCUUCCGGAGAGGGUUGGCAAUGAAGACUUCCGUGUGAAAAUGGAUGUGUAUGAACGGUUGCUGCAGACUGAGCCAGAGGCGGUUGAGAAGGAUUCCGAGGAGAAGAUGGCCCUGUUGGAUUCGGGAGCGAGCCAUGCCUUUCGGGUUGCUGUUGACGAUCGUGAGGUGGAACAAGGAAAGUUGGUGAAGGUUGCCUUGGCCAAUGAUGAUCACGUUGUCCUUUCGCAGAACGCUGGUGGAACCCUGUUGUCUUCGCCUUCUACGAACCCUUCGGGUGGUGGAACGACACUACCUAUGGGACAGUUGGUGCAGUUGCUUGGAUGCACGGUACGAUGGUCUCCGACAAGGCUUGAAGUUCGACACCCGAUCCAUGGCAAGUUGCGAGUGAAAGUCAACCAUUUCUGCCCAGAGCUGACCGAGGUGAGCGCGCUACAGCUCAUCAAGGAAUUGGAGGAAAAACGGGUUGGCGAGUUCACGAAGACCUUGGAGGAUAUGGAGAGGCAGCUCAAGGAGAUUGAGCUCUCGGGCUGUGGAGAUCGCGGUUGGGAACAGCACCUCAUGGAUCUGGUGGAAACUGGGGCUCGAACGAGUUUCUGUGGCUUCAUCCAGAAGGUGCCCUAUUUGCAGGGGGUGACCCCGGAGGCUUUCGCGACCAUCCCUGAGGAGUUCCCGGUGACGAACAAAGAGGGCUGGAGGCUCUUGAAGGGCAUCGUGGAGUAG